AGGCGGGAGGGAACCGGGAAGACCCAGCCGAGGGUGUGUGGAUUUGAGCCUCCGUGUUUCUAACCGAAGAUCUCGAAAUGCAUCGUGAUUCCUGUCCAUUGGACUGUAAGGUUUAUGGACGUAAUCUUGGAAACAAUGGUAACAAGACUGAAUUGGAACGAGCUUUUGGCUAUUAUGGACCACUCCGAAGUGUGUGGGUUGCUAGAAACCCUCCCGGCUUUGCUUUUGUUGAAUUUGAAGAUCCGCGAGAUGCAGCUAAUGCUGUCCGAGAGCUAGAUGAGAGAACACUCUGUGGCUGCCGAGUAAGAGGGGAACUGUCGAAUGGUGAAAAGAGAAGUCGAAAUCGUGGCCCACCUCCUUCUUGGGGUCGUCGCCCUCGAGAUGAUUAUCGGAGGAGGAGUCCUCCACCUCGCCGCAGAUCUCCAAGACGGAGAAGCUUCUCCCGAAGCCAGAGCAGGUCCCUUUCUAGAGGUAGGAGAAGAGAGAGAUCACUGUCCCGGGAGAGAAAUCAUAAGCCGUCCCGAUCUUUCUCUAGGUCUCGUAGCCGAUCUAGGUCAAAUGAAAGGAAAUAGAAGACCAGUUUGUGAGAGGAGUGGUGUACAGGAAAUAACUUCAUUUGACAGGAGUAUGUACAGAAAAUUCAAGUUUUGUUUGAAAUUCAAGUUUUGUUUGAGACUUCAUAAGCUUGGUGCAUUUUUAAAAUGUUUUAGCUGUUCACAUGUGUUUGUUUCUUGGAACAGUGACACAUAAAAGUGUAAUUCUCUAUGGUUUGAAAUGGA